UAGACAAGAUGUGAAAUGGAGAAAUACCUGGCACCUCAGCUCCCACCCGUUCCCGUCAUCCCUGAACAUAAGAAAUACAGAAGAGACAGUGCCUCGGUUGUAGACCAGUUUUUCACUGACAGCGAAGGGUUGCCUUACAGCAUCAACAUGAACGUCUUCCUCCCUGACAUUAGCCACCUGAGAACUGGCCUGUACAAAUCUCAGAGACCCUGUGUAACCCACAUCAAGACAGAGCCGGUCACCAUCUUCAGUCACCAGAGCGAAACUACUGCCCCUGCCCCCGCCCCUACUCAGGCCCUCCCCGAAUUUACCAGCAUCUUCAGCUCUCACCAAACUCCCGAUGUGAACAACAUUUUCAUCAAGCAGGAGCUUCCUACUCCAGAUGUUCAUCUUUCCGUCACGCCCCAGCAAGGCCAGUUAUAUCAGCUCUUGAGCUCACCGGAUUUAGAUAUGCCCAACACUACUACUCAGGCAGCCGUGAUGGACUCCCUUAACAAUGUCUCCAUGCCGUCAGCCAUGGCGGGCCUUAACACGCUCUCCUCGGCUGUUCCACAGACUGCAAUGAAACAGUUCCAGGGCAUCCCCCCCUGCACCUACACCAUGCCAAACCAGUUUCUGCAGCAGCAGGCCACUUAUUUCCCUCCUUCGCCCCCAAGCUCAGAGCCUGGAAGUCCAGACAGACAAGCAGAGAUGCUACAGAAUUUAACCCCUCCUCCGUCAUAUGCCGCAACUAUAGCUUCCAAGCUGGCAAUUCACAAUCCGAAUUUACCAGCGACUCUGCCCAUAACCCCCCAGAACAUCCAACCAGUCAGAUACAACAGGAGAAGUAACCCAGAUUUGGAGAAAAGACGUAUUCACUACUGUGACUAUCCCGGCUGCACGAAAGUUUAUACAAAGUCUUCUCACUUAAAAGCGCACCUGAGAACUCACACGGGUGAGAAACCGUACAAGUGCACCUGGGAAGGCUGCGACUGGAGAUUUGCUCGCUCGGAUGAAUUAACACGCCACUACAGGAAGCACACGGGGGCAAAGCCCUUCCAGUGUGCUGUCUGCAAUCGCAGCUUCUCCCGCUCCGAUCACCUGGCUCUCCACAUGAAGAGGCAUCAGAACUAAAAGCUGGACUUGCGUUGAGGCUGUUUUGUAUCUAUGCAAUUUCCUAUUGACUCUCGACAUACAACUGAAAUUAGUUUAAUUUUUCGAGUAUGGGCUAGCCAUUUAAAAGAAAUCUCAAAAGAAACUGGAAAUGUAUAUUUUGUAUAUUUAUGCAGAAAAAGGGAAGACACUGUAUCACAAUACCAGAGUGUUUGGUCGUUUGUUUGCUUUCAUGAUGUAUAUGGCUUUAGUCGGCAGGUUUCAUCUCUUUACAAGUAUUAUGUCUUGACACAUUGCAGCUUUAUAAAUUUUUUUUUCUCUUGCGGUGUUUUGACCAAAGCACUGUCAUUAUUGUGACAAUGUUUAGUAAACAAAUUAAUGAGAGGCUGCAGAUGAAUGAACGCAGUGGAAAAGCCAUGAAUUGUAAUCUGUCAGGUUUUUACUGGACAUACUUAGUACUUGUGGGGGUUUUUAAAAUGUUAAGUCGUUCUGUGGAGAUAAAACUACGUAGAAAAAUUCAUAAACAGCCAUAGAACAAAACAUUUUGUUCUGUAUGUUGCAUGUUUGCUAUGACAAAGAUUUUGUAAAUAUGCAAAUCAGCUUUUUAGGUUUAAUACAAAAGUUUUCUAAGAAUCAUCUG